AUGAUAGGUACCGAUUCCUAUCAUAUAAUUAUUGAUAUACAAAAGUCCUCCCCCACAACAAUUGAGAUCAUUGAACUAGAUUCCAAGAUGGCGUUACAACCAAUUGAACCAUUAAGGGCAAAACUGAUUGGCAAUGGUGUCAUCAGAUUAUAUCGAGAGUUUGAAAACGAAAUACCAGUAACUGGGGAAGCUUCUCUGAAUCAGCUCAUCAAUAAUCCUGGUGAUGAUACAAUGGUGGCGAUUUUGGCAGUGCCAACAUAUUUCACUGCUACAGAUCUACUAGGAUUUAUUGGGGAGAAAAAUGUAUCGAAUAUAUCACAUUUGAGAAUAUUGAAAAGCAAUAAGCCUAAUAGAUUUUUAGUUUUGAUAAAAUUUAGAGACGUUAUGAAAGCAGCAGAAUUUCAGUAUCAUUUCAAUGGCAAACCAUUUAAUUCAAUGGAGCCAGAAACUUGUCACGUGAUUUAUGUAAAGGCUGUACAGGUGACAAAUUCCCACAAGGAUGAUUCGGUUGUCGAUUCAAUGAUUCCAUUUUUAUUGCAAGAUCCAUUUACAUCGGCUACUACAGGUGGGGUACACGGUAGUAACAGUCCUAGUAGCAGUUCUGCAGUAUUGACAAGUAAUCUUAGUGACAAUUAUCAUUUAAUAGAAUUACCAACGUGUCCAGUGUGCUUGGAAAGAAUGGAUGCCACUGUAACAGGGUUGCUAACAAUCCCUUGUCAACAUACAUUUCACUGUCAAUGUUUAACGAAAUGGAAGGAUGACACUUGUCCAGUCUGCAGAUAUUCGCAUAAUAUUGCCAAUGAGCGGGUACGCCGAUCCACGAAUAGAUUGCAACAGCUAAGUAUUCGAGACACACCGAUCGAUACUCCGCUUCCCCGAUCACUAGAACUGCAGCAACAACACGCACAAAUUUCAUCCUUACUUGAAGCCGAAAAUGAUGACGAUGAUGAAGAUGAUGAUGUAGGAGAAAUUUGUAUGGGGUGUGAUGAAACGGAGAACUUGUGGAUCUGUCUUAUUUGUGGGAAUAUAGGUUGCAGCAGGUAUGCGCCGGAGCAACAUUCUUUAAAACAUUUUGUUGAUACAGGACAUUGCUUUGCGAUGGAAAUUGCUACCAGUAGGGUGUGGGAUUAUGCAGGUGAUAAAUACGUGCAUCGGUUGGUCACUAAUGAAAGUGAUGGCAAAUUAGUUGAAUUGCCUGACAAAGAAGAUAAAAUAAAUGGUGGGUCUUGGAAUAGGAAUGAUCCAUCUUUCGAUAAAGUCGAUGAAGUUGGAUUUGAAUAUUCACAAUUGUUGAUAAGUCAAUUGGCUAGCCAAAGAGAAUAUUACGAAUCGUUGCUAGAGCAGCAACAGACAGCGCCCAAAUCUAGAAGAGGAUCUGGUAACAACAACAAUAAUAAUAAUAAUCUUGCAAAUAAAAUAAAUCAGGAAAGGCUUACAGAAUUGGAAAUUAAAUUUGAAGAUUUGAAGUCAACAUUAUCUGAUUUCACAAAUAGUUUGAUUCCAUCAUUAAAAGAGAAAAUCCAAUCUAAAGAUGAGAAAUUAAAUAAGGUUAUGCGAGAAUUGAAUAUAUCCAAUUCUCUUAAUGAAGCAUUAUCGAAAAAAGUUGAACAUUUGACCAAAGUCAAUAAUGAUUAUAAAACUACAAUUGAAAACUUAACUGGGGAAAACAAAGCUUUGAAUGAACAAGUAACAGAUCUUAUGUUUUUUUUGGAUAGCCAAGAAAAAUUCAAAAAUGAAUCUCAAGAAGUCAAGGAUGGUACUAUAGUUAUACAACAACCUCCACUGGUGUCACGAAAGAAUAGAAGAAAGAAGAAAUGA